GUUGAGAGUUGAGGAGAAGAAAGACUCAACCUGAAACUUCAGGGAAGGGAGGGGAGGUAUUGGGAGUAGGCGUCCUGGGAGAGACGAGAUCCUUAGAGGGAAGGAGCCAACUGUGGAGCGGGUGCGUGGAGAGGGAAAUCUGAGGUACCCAGGACUCGGGGACUCGGAGGCAGUCAUGGGGUGGAAGACUUGCAGCAAUCUCAAGGGUGGAGGUGGAAGACAGAGAGAGAAGCCAGAGGGGUGGGGGUGUUAAGAUUUAGGAUUAUUAGCUGAGGUCCUGGGGAAGACUAAAGGGCUGCCAGGUGGUUUGAGUUAGAGGGGCGUAGACUUCUGUGAGGGAAAGCCGGGUUUUCACUGAGGGAAAGGAAAGGACUGUCUGGGUUUGGAGUCGGGGGUGCGGGGGGACGCGGACUAGGGAAGAGUGUUUAUCUACUAGUGUUAUAGGUUUGAGUUAUUUUUUAUGUAAGAGCGCUUUACAUUCUAGAACUUUGUACAUAAUGUGGGCUCGAUAGAGUUUUGGUCAACGAAUGAUAGAACGAAUGGGUGAAUGAACAAUUGUAUAGAGAAAUUUAUCCAUUCACUCACUUAAACGUUUAAGUAUCACCUUUGAGCGAAGCUCAGGGGCAUUUAACAACGGGUGUAUUCAGUGACCAGUGGUCCUUGAAGGAAAUCACUAGGAGGAAGGAGACAUUGAGUUUGAAGGGAAUGAAGGGACAGCGCUGAGAAGCAGAGAGAGAAGGUGGAUAUGUCAGAACUUUCUCCAGAGGAGCAAUGGAAGGUCGAGCAUGCACGCAUGCAUGCCAAGCAUCGCGGCCACGAAGCCAUGCAUGCUGAGAUGGUCCUCAUCCUUAUCGCUACCUUGGUGGUGGCCCAGCUGCUCCUGGUGCAGUGGAAACAGAGACAUCCCCGCUCCUACAAUAUGGUGACCCUCUUUCAGAUGUGGGUUGUUCCCCUCUAUUUCACAGUGAAGCUGCACUGGUGGAGGUUCCUUGUGAUCUGGAUCUUGUUCUCCGCAGUCACAGCCUUUGUCACCUUCCGAGCCACCCGAAAACCACUAGUCCAGACAACCCCAAGGUUGGUGUAUAAGUGGUUCCUGCUGGUCUAUAAGAUCAGCUAUGCCACUGGCAUCGCUGGCUACAUGGCUGUUAUGUUUACCCUCUUUGGUCUUAACUUGUUAUUCAAGAUCAAACCUGAAGAUGCCAUGGACUUUGGCAUUUCUCUCCUCUUCUAUGGCCUCUACUAUGGUGUUCUUGAGCGGGACUUUGCAGAAAUGUGUGCAGACUACAUGGCAUCGACCAUAGGGUUCUACAGCGAGUCAGGCAUGCCCACCAAGCACCUCUCGGACAGUGUGUGUGCUGUGUGUGGGCAGCAGAUCUUUGUGGAUGUCAGUGAAGAAGGCAUCAUCGAGAACACAUACAGGCUGUCUUGCAAUCACGUAUUCCACGAGUUCUGCAUCCGCGGCUGGUGCAUCGUGGGAAAGAAGCAGACGUGUCCCUACUGCAAAGAGAAGGUGGACCUCAAGAGGAUGUUCAGUAACCCCUGGGAGAGGCCUCAUGUCAUGUACGGGCAACUGCUGGACUGGCUUCGGUACUUGGUAGCGUGGCAGCCUGUCAUCAUUGGCCUGGUGCAAGGCAUCAACUAUAUUCUGGGCCUGGAAUAGUCAGGAAGAAGAACAUCCACCCACCAUGGACCUCAGGGCACUCUCCUCCCUGCCUUCCAAGACCUCCUGGGUCAUGUGAGGAGCCAAGGCCAGGCUCUCCAAGUCUCUCUCUCCAUCCUUCAACAGUCCUGAGUACCAUGACCUCCCAGCAGCCCAACUCUGGCCUUAUUUACACUCACAGGUAAGAGUCCUGUCUCCUCUCCCUCGCAUCCCCACCUUCUUCCCCAGAGGACUGGGCCUCAGAAGCCCCAACAGUCUUGCCUCCUGACCUCCCUGCUGGAGACACUGGUGCUCCUAGGGAGGAGCUUCUCUGCAUCUUGCAGCCCAGAAGCUCCUGGGCAGGCGGUGGGGGAGGGACUGAGAAGAUGUGAGCUGGAGCCCUGGAGAAGAGGAGUUGACUUUUAGUCUCUGACAUCUAAAUUGGACAUGUAUGGUUUUUACAAACACACACACAACACACACACCCCUUGAGAUUGCAGCCAUGUUCCUGACGAUUCUUCCAAACCUCAUUCCAUCUCUUGGCCUCCCUGGCUCUGUCUCCAGGACCCCAUCCUCCUGAUCCCAGACACUCAGGUCUGGUCCUUCAUACCUGCUCCGUGGAUCACCAGCCCUGGUCUCUCUGCCCCUGAGGCCACAUGUGUGACCCUGACUUCUGUAGCUCUGUUGUUGCUCCAGCCAGUGCUGGAUGUACCCACUCUUCCCUGGAAAGCAUCCUCUCCUCCCCUUAAGGCCAGUGCUCCGGCUUGUGUUCCAAGCUUGUCUGAGAGGUUCCUGUGGAGGCCGGGAUGUGUAGCUCCCACGGUGGGGCUCACGUGGGGCCAGACACAGCCGAACUGAGCUGGGGAGCUCCGAAAGGGGCGGCUUCCAGAAAACAGGGCUCUUCAGGGCUUCCUGGGAGCCAGGCAGGGGGAGACUAGACUUCCUGAUGAGCUUAGAUCUCUAGCUCCUCUGGCCAAGGAGCUGGGAUGACAGAAGUAAGAAGGAUUCAUGGGGGUGAGGGGCGGGU